GGAGAAACGUAUCAUGGCCAGUUUCUUGAUGGGCAGAUUCAUGGUGAAGGGAUGCGGUACUCGUCGAACGGGGAACAGUACAACGGCCAAUGGGCGAGCGGAAAACGGCAUGGCAAGGGGACCCUCAUCAUCAAGGACGACGUGACGGACAUGGAGUACGAAGGCCAGUUCGUUGGAGGAGAAUUCCACGGGGAAGGAAUCAUGUUUGGCGAUGACGGGACCCGUUGGGAGGGCCAGUGGGCAUCCGGCGUGAUGGAAGGAGACGGGGCCGUCACCGAUCCGGACGGAGAUGUAUUCCAAGGCCAGUGGAGGAAUGGAAAGCCACACGGCGAGGGGACGCGAACGUGUCCGGACGGCGAACAUUACAAUGGCCAGUGGGAAAACGGCGAAAGAACCGGCGAGGGGACUCUGAUCGCGCCCGACGGGGCGAAAUACGAAGGCGAGUUCGACAGCGAUACCUUCCACGGUAGAGGGACCUACCUCUACGCAGACGGGACCCGACUCGAGGGCUGGUGGGAUUCGGGAUGUCUGAAUGGCGAAGGAGUCCGCGUUACUCCAGACGGCUGGAAAUACGAAGGCCAGUUUGAGAACGGAUCCGAACACAGAUUAGGAACCCAAACGUCUCCGGACGGCGCACAGUACCGCGGUCGGUUCCGCGAGGGAAACCGCCAUGGCGCCGGGGUUUACACUCGUCCCGGCGGGGAGAAGUACGAAGGCCAAUGGCAGGACGGCAGCAAGCACGGCAAAGGUGUCGAGACCUUCCCAAAUGGCAAAAAAUACGAAGGUCAGUGGCAGGACGGCGUCAGGCAUGGUAAAGGAGUCGAGACCUUUCGGGGUGGAGAAAAAUACGAAGGCCAGUGGCGGGACGGCGCGAGGCACGGUGAAGGAGUCGAGACCUUUCCUGACGGAGAAGAAUACGAAGGUCAAUGGCAGGACGGCAUCAGGCACGGUGAAGGAGUCGAGACCUUUCCAAACGGAGAAAAAUAUGAAGGCCAGUUGCGGGACGGCACGAGACACGGCGACGGGGUGUACACAAGUCCCGACGGGGAGAGGUACGAAGGCCAGUGGCAGGACGGCCACGCGCACGGUGAGGGGGUCCAGACCUUUCCAGACGGGGAAAAAUAUGAAGGCCAGUGGCGGGAAGGCGAGAGACACGGUGGCGGGGCUAUAACCUGUCCAGGCUGGGCUACGUACGAGGGCCAGUGGAAGAAAAACGAGAUGCACGGCCAGGGGACUCUUACGACCGGUGAAAACGGAUAUACGUACACUGGGCAGUUCCACGAGGACGACUUCAGCGGCGCGGGGUCGCUCGCCUUUGCCAACGGAGACAGGUACGAGGGCCAGUGGGAAGGCGGUCUAGAGCACGGCCAGGGGACGUUCUACUUUCACGAAACCGGAGACCGGUACGACGGCCAGUGGGAGCAGGGCAACCGCCACGGCGCCGGAACAUACACGACAUCCUGCGGAACAAGGUACGCAGCUGAAUGGAAGCGG